GUCAUUCGAGAAGCCGAUCGCGAUAACGCUCGACGUGUUACGCGCGAAGCCUGUCCUUCUCGAAAGAGAAACGAGCGAUUAUUAUCGCGAGACGUCCACAAGGCGAAAAGCUCUCUCUCGCAUUUUCCGUGAACCGGCGCGGCGCAGCAGUGCAAAACGAAGAAGCAGUACCGGCGUCGAUAUCACGCCAACAAAGUGGUCGGGGCGCGUGCCGGCUUUAUCUUCGCGUCUCUCUGCCAUCGGCAGCAGUAUAAAUUGGCGGGCGUGCACUAGCCGAGGAGCAGUUCUCUCCGUACGAGCGCGUACAUCCCAGUGACGAGUCGCGCUGCCGCUGCUCGCCCGGACGAUGAGUAAGUUGGCCGCACUUUCCUCAUUUGGCACUCGGAGGCCGCUCGCGCCGUCCGUACAAGCUGAACGCCAACGUGGUCCCGCAGUGACUGCCAGGCCGAACCGAAGCGAGGACAAGGCGGCGAGGAUGUCGCGGCGCUCGUCCGACGACAGGGCGCGCGAGCUCGAGAUCGCCGGCGUGGUGUCCGGCAGGAACGUGCUGAUCACCGGCGGAGCCGCGGGCCUCGGCCACGCCUUCGUCGGCCACUUCCUGCAGUUCGACGCCAACAAAAUCUGCGUGCUCGACGCGGACGAGGCGUCCGGCAAGCGGCUCGCCAGCUCCGUCGACAAGUCGCACGGGCCCGACAAGCUGAUCUUCGUCCACGCCGACGUGUCCCGCCACGACCACGUACGCGCCGCCUUCGCCGAGGCGGACAGCCUGAUGGGCGGCAUCGACAUCGUCGUGAACAACGCCGGCGUACUCGACGAGCGGCGCUGGGAGCGAGAGAUCGCCGUUAACUUGGCCGGCAUGGUGUCGGUGGCGACGCUGGCCAUGGAGCACAUGGGCCGCGACAAGUCCGGCCGCGGCGGCAUCCUCGUGAACGUCGCCGAGCACUCGGACACGCGCAGCACCGUCCAGCUGCCGGUCUACACCGCCACCAAGCAGGCGGUCAUCGGGCUGUCGCGGUCGCUCGCCGCCGCGUGCAACGCGCAGAGGACCGGGGUGAAAGUGCUCGCGCUCUGCCCGGGCCUCACCGAGACGGCCCUCACCAUCGACAGCCCCAACAAGCUCUUCUCCAGGUUCAUGAAGGCCGACUUCGUCAAGAACCUCGAGCAGCUCGCCAUACAGACGCCGUACGUCGUUGGCCAGGGCCUGAUGUCGAUUCUGCGCUCGGCCGAGUCGGGCUCCAUUUGGGUGAUCCAGAACGGCCAGCCGCCGUACCAGGUCUUCGUGCCCAACUACCGUAGCCUGCGACGCCUCUACAAAGACAACUUCACCGUCAGCGACACCUCCAGACACUCGAGCAAGGGACGACCUAUUCGCGAGGUCUGCGACAACACGAGGACUGGAUUGAUGAGCUGCGUCAGUCGCAAGCUCAGCGCAGCCGACGGCGCGUUUCCGUCUUUCGAGCGCUCGCCUUCGAAAAGGCACAGGCCGACCAUGCAGAUCAAGGACAAGAGGGCGAUGAUCGUCGGCGCGAGCAACGGCCUGAGCUUGGCCUUCGGCAAGGAGCUGUUGCGCAACGGCGUGGCGAAGGUGCUGAUGGUGGACCUGGACGCGGCGAGCGGCGAGUCUCAGGCGGAGAAGCUGAACGAGGAGUUCGGCAGGAACCGCGCCUCUUUCCUCGGCUGCGACGUGACCAAAGGGCCCGAGUUUGACUCGAUCUUCAGGCAGGCGGUCGGCGAGCUCGGCGGCCUCGACAUCGUCGUCAACAACGCCGCGACGAUCGACGAGGUCAACUUCCUCAAGACCAUCGACACGAACGUGACGGCGGUGUUCCGCGCCAACAUGCUGGGCGUGCAGCUCAUGGGCAAGGACAGCGGCGGUCGAGGCGGCGUGAUCGUGAACGUGGCCUCGGUGCUCGGGCUCGAGGCUUUCCCCCAGCUGCCCGUCUACUCGGCCACGAAUCACGCUGUUAUCGCCUUCAGCCGCUCGUUCUCGCAACCGUAUCACUUUCAAAGGACCGGCGUGAGGAUCAUCGUGCUCUGCCCGGGACUCACGGAGUCGCCGCUCCUCGACAACUUGAGCAAGGACGAGUUCGUGGAGAGACCCGAGGAGCUCGUCCAAGCUAUGAAGGAUAUACGUCCGCAGAGGGCUGAGAGCGUCGCACACGCGCUGGUUUACGUGGUGAGAUGCGCGCAAAACGGCAGCGUUUGGAUCACCGAGGACGGCAAACCUGUCUACGAGAUUCAGAUGCCGGAUACCCUGCCCACCAAGUGAAUCGGCGACGCAAGUUUUUUCCCCGCGCCUGUUACGAACCAAUCGCGCGCGCUCUCUCUUUCUCUCUCUCUCUCUCUCUCUCUCUCUCUCUCUCUUUCUCCAUCGACACCCAGCGUUAGUUUUAAGCCGUUCAUCAAUAAUUUGUAACACUGCGAACUUGUCGUGAUCGAAUGAAAAGCAAUAAAUUACACUGAAUGUAUCAUCACGAAACGCGCGUUAGGUCGAUGUUUUUCUUCGAUUAUCCCCAAAAAUGUUCAACGGACUCGUGAAAAUGUCCACGUACGGGCGCGCUCGUCGGUAGAGCCGAUCGAUAACUUUCGAUAAUCCAGACGGUGACGCGGGCGCGUCGCAAAUCUUCAGUGUGCCGCUCGACGAUGACCGGUGUCGCUUCGAGGCGGAGGUAAGAGCUCGCUCGAUAUAGUUGGCACUGAGUCACGAUCACCGAAUGCUCGUGCACCUCGGCGCGCGUCGCGCCGACAACGACGACGACGACUGCUAUAUAUACUUGAGUCUGCACUUCGGCGGCACUUGGCAGGACGAGCCUCUCGCCUGGGCCGCUCUCGGCUCGUCUACAGCGUGAUCGUUCCUGUCAUUUGCCUCUGCGGCAUCCUGGGAAACCUCGUCAAUCUGUUGGUCCUGCAGAGACGGCCUGGCGCGUGGAGUGUUCUGGAAGCGAGCUGGUUGGAUGGAGUACGACGUGUUCGUUUACAUACCUCUGGGCUCGAUCUCGUCGAACGUCGCUGUCUCGGCUGCUGUUGGUGUGGCCGUAGAUCGUCUUGUCAUCGUUCUCGGGGAACUCAAUCCAAACAACAUUUUCACAGUCCGAUACAAUAGCAGCGACCUGGAAGCCGAAGAUCAUUAGAGCAACCUAUCGCACGAUAAACUUGAAACAGUUUAUUUUUAACAACCAACGAAAUGCUAAUUCCUCGCGUCGAUCAGAGACGAGUAUUCCU